AUGCGAGAUAAAGAGGAACACCCGCGUCAUUUGGGUAUUGCGAUUUCCAAUAAUCGGCUCCGUUCCGACGAAACAAUGGAUUCCGCUUCAGACUCAGAUGGUUCUCAUGUCUCUGCUACGCCCCCCAGGGAAGAGCCUUCACCAUCCUUGCCGGUACUACCACCACCGCGGCGGCCAAAACCUGUUCUCGUUUCCAACAAAUCGAAAUCGUCUUCCUCGUCCAGCAAGAAAUCUUCUAAAUCCAAAUUGGGCUCUUCAAAACCCACAAAACCGUCCAGUAAACAGGAAUCCACUCAAGAAGAAUUGCCCUGUAACUCCUUUUGCCUCCCUACUCUGCCCUUCCAAAUUCGUCGACCUUCUGACUGCGUCACCCAAUUGUCAACUGCGCAGUCAUUUGAAACUCUCCCAGCUGGGUACUUCUCCAAAUCCGCGUCUUUCUCCAAAAUUCGAAGGCCCUUCCUCAGUUUUACAGAUUCAUCUGGAAAUGGACCUUCCCUUGAUUUUGCAUCUCAUCCAGGCCUCAAGAACGAGAGUAAUGAGAGUUUUUGUCAGCAGGGUCAUUCUAUUCCAGUAGAGGUAGAGCGCGAACGUCUAAGGACAAGAAGUGUGACAAAAUUAGGUAAGAGACAUCCUAAUCUGAUAGGAGCUAAUGUCCAGGCACCAUCGGUGAAGGUGCGAAAAUGUGGUGGUGAGGGAAAUUUUGUGAGGUUGAACCUGAAUAGCAAGAGGUGGAAGUUGCGGAACCAUGGGAAAAAGAAAAAUUUUGCAUAUAGCAAGCGUAGAAGUUACCCGAGAAAAAAAGUUAAAUCGAAGCAUGAAGAUCAGGAUCAGAUGCAGUCGGUCUUCGAGUCUGAGGAGGAUGCAUUUGUUGUGCAGACCGCACAAAAGAAGUCCAGGGAUUCUCGUGGAACCAAAGAACUUGAUUGCAAAGUGAUUGAAGAGGUUGUUUCAGCAGUUCGAGAUGACCCAUCUGAUGAGAAUCUGGUGAAGUUGCUUCAGUUAGUUUAUGGCUAUGAUUCUUUUCGGGAUGGUCAGCUGGAAGCAAUCAAGAUGGUACUUGCUGGAAAGUCGACUAUGCUUAUUUUGCCCACUGGUGCAGGAAAAUCCCUGUGUUAUCAGUUACCUGCAAUGAUUUUACCUGGAAUUACCCUGGUCGUCAGUCCACUGGUAGCCUUGAUGAUUGAUCAACGAAGAAAAUUGCCUCCUGUGAUUAAUGGAGGACUUCUAUGCAGCAGUCAGACACCUGAGGAAGCCGCUGAAACACUGAAGCAUCUUCAAGAAGGUGCGUUAAAGGUACUUUUUGUUUCACCAGAGAGGUUACUGAAUGAAGAAUUUUUGUCAGUAAUUUCUACAGCUUCAACUGUAUCCCUUGUUGUGGUUGAUGAAGCCCAUUGUGUAUCUGAAUGGUCACACAAUUUUCGCCCUUCAUUCAUGAGGCUUAGGGCAUCUUUUCUCCACAACAAACUAAAUGCAGGUUCUUUUCUGGCAAUGACAGCGACUGCUACAACCUUAACUUUAAAUUCCGUCAUGUCUGCUUUAGAUAUUCCUUGCUCAAAUCUUAUUCAGAAGACACAGUUAAUGGACAAUUUGCAGCUAUCAGUCUCUUUAGCAAGAAAUAGAAUGAAAGAUUUAUUGAUGCUCGUCAAGUCUCCUCCAUAUGUGGAAGUUAAAAGCAUCAUCAUAUACUGCAAAUUUCAGUCUGAAGCUGAUAUAAUUAGCAAAUACUUGAGUGACAACAGUAUCUCUGCAAAGAGUUAUCAUAGUGGUAUCCCUGCAAAGGAGCGUAGCCAUGUACAGGAUUUGUUUGGUUCCAACAAGAUUAGAGUGGUUGUUGCAACAGUUGCAUUUGGCAUGGGAUUAGACAAAAGGGACGUUGGAGCUGUAAUUCAUUACAGUCUGCCAGAAAGUCCUGAGCAUUAUGUUCAGGAGAUUGGACGUGCUGGAAGGGAUGGGAGGUUGUCCUUUUGCCACCUAUUUUUUGAUGAUGAGACAUAUCUCAAACUCCUUAGUCUAAUGUACAGUGAUGGAGUAGAUGAAUAUGCAGUGAACAAGUUUCUCUGCGAAGUAUUUCCUGCACAGAGGAUUUCCGAUGGCCAAAUAUAUUCCUUGAUCAAAGAAUCUGCUUCACGGAGGUUUGACGUGAAGGAAGAGGUGAUGCUGACGCUCUUGACUCGCUUGGAGCUGGGUGAUGUGCAGUACUUACGUUUACUUCCACAGAUAAAUACCACUUGCACUUUGAGUUUUCACGAGACUCCCCCUCCAUUACUUGCCCAAAAGCACUCUGUUGUUGCUGCAAUACUGGAAAGGUCUGAGAAUAAGCAAGGGCUAUAUGUCUUUGACAUGCCCUCUGUAGCAAAUGACAUGGGAGUUACAGUUGCUGAAAUAUCCAAUCAAUUGCACAAUCUAAAGUUGCUUGGAGAAAUAACCUUUGAGAUGAAGGACUUGGCCUAUUGCUAUGUGAUUGUGAAAGUACCAACAGAUUUUUUUGCGUUGUCAGCAAAUCUUACACAAUGGUUACACGAGUUUGAAAGAUCAAAGGUACGGAAACUGGAUGCAAUGUAUGAUGCGGCAUAUCACGCUGUAAAUAUUUGUGACAAGACGCUAGGCUGCAGUGGUUCCGAUCACACAUCAUGCUUGCAAAGGAAGAUAUUAGAUUACUUUGCUGGGGUCGAUAAUAAUUCCUUCUCCAAGAAGUUCGAUCAAAGCAGUCCUUUUUUGCGGGCAGAUAUAAAGGUCUUUCUGCAGAGCAAUUCACAGGCCAAAUUCACACCAAGAGCCAUUGCAAGGAUAAUGCACGGCAUUGCAAGCCCAGCCUAUCCUUCGGCUGCUUGGUCUAAAACUCAUUUCUGGGGAAGGUAUAGGCAUGCAGACUUUCAGGCGGUGAUGGAAGCAGCAAAGGAAGAACUUAAGAAUUUUGUUGGAAAAGACAGCUCUAGCCAUUCAAGAUAAGGCUUACCAUCUGAUUGGCAAAUUGAAUUCGGAUUCCAUGCUAUUAAUUUUCAUGCAUGACUUGAACCAAUGAAAUGAGAAAAGCCAAACGUUUAUGAUCUAUCUAAGCGAUAGAUUUGAGUUCUGGCAUGAAUUAGGUGGCUAAGCCAUAUAGGCUGAAACAAAAACAGCUUUGUUGUUGGCUAGGGACAUGUUUGUGUCCAUUUUGGGAGGUCCAAAGCCGAUGUUUACCCAAAUCCCACAGCAAACGCUAAAUUGUUAGCCUCAUGCUUUGCAUGUAAAAUGAUGUAAACCAUAUUGUAUAUGAUUUAUGAAUAGAAAAGCAGUUUUGGAUAAAUGUUAAAUCAUAUAUAAUUAUAUAUAGAAAUAUAGAUUUGUAUGUUCUAGUUGUCCCUGUGGAAUGGUGAUCAUAUAGUGGUUCAAAUACGGAAUGGAUCA